CGGAGCGGUGGAAGAGAUGGGAGGAAGAGUGGCGUGAGACGCGCGCGCACACACACAUACACACAGAGGCUGGCUGUCGAGGACCUCGCGUACAUGCGUGCGCGCGCGCGUGUGUGUGUGUAUGUAUGAGUGUGUAAAACGCGUGAGCGACUGUGACUUUUUUGCGGGACUUCGCGAGACAAUAGAGACGCGCUCGGAGCGUCGCGAGGCUCGCCGUAGCGGAAAGUUGAAACUUUUCGGCGCCGCCACAGCGAUCGCGCGCGCGCUGCCGAGCCGGUCCCGGCUUUGUCUGCACACAGCGGCGCGCGACGGACUGGUCCGUGCACGCGCGAGAAAUCAACAUCCGCUCGGUGGUUUAAUCCCACACGAGACUGCGCUCUGCGCGGUUUUCUUUUUUAUUUUAGAUAUAUAGAUAGUUUUAUUUUUAUUUUUUUUAGGGGGACGAGAGUGAGAAUGGCGGCGAACAUGUACCGCGUCGGAGAUUAUGUGUACUUUGAGAACUCGUCCAGUAAUCCCUACCUGAUCCGUCGAAUAGAAGAACUCAACAAGACGGCCAAUGGAAACGUAGAAGCCAAGGUCGUGUGUCUCUUCAGGAGAAGAGAUAUUUCUAGCAAUCUUAACACUCUUGCUGACAGCAAUGCUAGAGACUUUGAGGAGGAAUCCAAGCAGCCAACGAUCCCCGAUCAACAAAAACACCAGCUUAAACACAGAGAAUUGUUCCUGUCCCGACAGUUUGAGUCUCUUCCUGCCACACACAUACGAGGGAAAUGUAACGUCACGCUUCUGAAUGAGACUGAUCUUUUAACCGGCUACCUAGAAAGAGAGGACUGUUUCUUCUACUCGCUGGUGUUUGACCCGGUUCAGAAAACCCUGCUGGCUGACCAGGGUGAGAUCAGGGUGGGCUCCAAAUAUCAGGCUGAGAUUCCUGACAAAUUGCCAGAAGUUGAUGCGGACACAAGAGUACAAGAGAAACUGGAGACGAAGGUGUGGGAUCCAGAUAACCAGCUGAAGGACUCUCAGAUAGAUCAGUUCCUGGUGGUGGCCCGGGCUGUGGGGACUUUUGCCCGUGCCUUGGACUGCAGUAGUUCUAUUCGCCAGCCAAGUCUGCACAUGAGUGCAGCAGCUGCAUCCAGAGACAUUACCCUGUUCCAUGCCAUGGACACACUGCAGAAGAAUGGUUAUGACUUGGCCAAGGCCAUGUCCACACUGGUGCCACAGGGCGGCCCUGUGCUCUGUCGGGACGAAAUGGAAGAAUGGAGUGCCUCGGAAGCCAUGCUGUUCGAGGAAGCACUGGAGAAAUAUGGCAAAGACUUCAAUGACAUUCGCCAGGACUUUUUACCUUGGAAGUCAUUAGCCAGUGUUGUUCAGUUCUAUUACAUGUGGAAAACCACAGACCGUUAUAUCCAGCAGAAAAGACUGAAGGCAGCUGAAGCAGACAGUAAACUGAAACAGGUUUACAUCCCCACCUACACCAAGCCCAACCCUAACCAGAUUAUGGCUCCUGGUAACAAACCCGGCAUGAACGGAGCUGCAGGUUUUCAGAAGGGCCUGUGCUGCGAGAGUUGCCAUACUGCUCAAUCUCCUCAGUGGUAUGCUUGGGGUCCUCCUAACAUGCAGUGUCGACUCUGCGCCUCCUGCUGGAUUUACUGGAAGAAAUAUGGUGGGCUAAAGACACCCACUCAACUAGAGGGUGCUACAAGACCUGGCUCGGAUGCCCCCUCACGUAGUCACAUGACUCGUCAGGAAGUGCAGGGCAUGUCACCCUUCACUAACAGCGCCGGCAGAGCUAAGCUUUUGGCAAAAAAUCGGCAGACAUUUAUUCUGCAGACCACCAAGCUGACCCGUGUCGCUCGGCGUGUGUGCCAGGACAUCCUGCAGUCACGUCGUGCUGCCCGCCGCCCCUACGCAUCCAUCAACGCCAAUGCUGUAAAAGCAGAGUGUAUGAUCAGACUCCCCAAAGUGGCAAAAGUUGCUAUGAAGAACCGCCCUAUUCCACGACCAUCUCUCAUUAACAUAGUCAAAGAAUUAGCUGUCCAGGCUCCCCUUAAACUUAAAGCUCCUAGAGGUGCUCCCACUCCAAUCAAUCGCAACCAGGCCAACCAACCCCGCAGUGCAACGGCCCUGCUUGGCAAGAGACCGUUUGAAAGUGGGGGCGGACACUCGUUCUCCACCAACGGGAGGCCAUUUAUGAGCGGCAUGAGGACGACCGCCCAGUCAGUCAUAAAGCGCCAGAGAGUUAGUCAGGCAGAUGCUCCAAAUCCUGUAGUUUUUGUGGCUACUAAAGAAACCAGGGCCCUGAGAAAACACCUUACUCAGGCUGAGAUGAGACGAGCAGCUAGGAAACCCAACAUCCCUGUCAGAGUGAAACUUCCUUUGCCACCCCGGCCAAUUCCUGUCCCCGUUCUACCCUCUAGCACCAGCGAGCCAAUUGUGCUGGAGGAUUAAUGACUUUUUCUUUUUUUUUUUUUUUUUUUUUUUAAAGGCUGCAUCACCUCACAUUACCCCAUCUAUAUGUUUCCUUUUUUUUCCCCCUCAUUAUUUCAACAACAAAAGAUUUGUGUGCUGUCUUCCCCUUUCAUUAUUUCCUUGUUUUACAAAUAUCCUUUUUUUUGCCUUGCCAUAUCUAUUUUCUAUCAUUUCUUGUUUACUUUUUCUUUGUUGUUAUUCAACCUGUGAGCUUUAUUAAGAAACAUGCACACAGAUUAGCUUCUGCCCCACAUAAUCACACAGCAGCACACAUCAAGCUUUCAAAAUGGACUUUGUAGUGUUUUAUUCCUGUAGCAUAGUUUAUUUCCCCCUACACUCUCCUCUCCUUUCUCUUUCUGUUUUUUUUUUAAAAUGGCGAAUAUUUUUAACUGUGUAAUUUAAAUCUGAUAAAGCGCAACAUGAAAUGAUGGUGAUAAAGCACACUUUAUUUUUGUCCUCCAGGUCUAUCUUUAUUUGUGUAAAUAUUAACAUUUUUCAGGAGUGAUAUCUUUAAUGCUGGUGUGGUAAGGGGUGGGUUUUUUGGGGUGGGGGGGGGAGUCUGGCAUGUCUCUUAUUUGGUCUUUCUUUGUUAAACAAAUUCAGUAUGUACGUGCUCCUUUUUUCUAUAGUCAAUCUAAUGGUUGGAAACCUGUAGUGUUUCUUUUAGUGGCUUUGUUCUAUUUACCCCAAUCUGAAGUUUCCCACCUGACUAAUCUUUAAAAGAGCUCGACUAGACCACAGGAUGCAGGACCGCAUCAAGGUCAGCUCUAGUGACAGGACAACUUUUAUUUAUGGCCCAUUCGCCUCUCUUUUUUGUGUUUUGUUGUUCAAUAUGUGAUUUUUUUUUUUCCCCCCUUUUUCUGUAUUAAAAAAUAAUUACAAACACAUUUGAUGUGCUGAUGUGUUUGAGGCACCAAUUUGAAAGAUUUAAGCGCAAACGGUGACACAGAGCCCUUUAUCAAUGUAUGCAGUGUAGAUCAAGGUAAAAGGUGUUAGAAUGGGUGGGAGGGAGAUGGGUGGGCUGAGGUGGGUCAGAGAAACCCUGUGGCAGCUUCUGGUUGUUUUAUUUUGGUCAGUUCUUCCUCAUUUUAGGUCUUAUUCUUUUUUUUUUUUUUUUGUCCUUUGUAUCUAUGAAAUAUAAAAGAAAAAGCCAUACAAUUUUAAGUUUUCAGUUAUGUGUUUGCCAAGAGGGUCAGAUACUCAAUGUAAUCCAGUGGCUUACUUACAAAAUGGCACUGCCUGUAAGGUAACGUAGUGGCUAGAUAACGUAGUUAGAGAAAUUGAAAGAGAAAAGGAUUUUUUUUUUUUCUUUGCCUAUGAUGUAAAAUUGGGUUCUUAGUAACGGCUCUAAUAGGUUGUAGACUGGUAUUGAAUCAUGUCUUCAUUUAUCGUUUCAUUUGUGCUUAUGAAUGAUUGAAUGAAUGACUCAUUUGCUGGGUGAUUUGUCAACCACUGAAUGAGCUCCACACAAUAUUCCCUUGUACAUUGUUUUCCCCAUAGUGUUGGGGUUUUUUGUAAGGUUUCUUAAACUGAGCGUGCACUGCACACUAAAAUUAAAAAUAAACGUUGACCUGUCCACCGAAA